UAUUGAUGAUCAUCCAUCUGUGUAUGCGGUUAUGGCUCUGAGUGAAUUUUAUGAUCAUCGUGCUAUGCUGCUGUUGUUGUUGUUGGGUUUUUAUUGCUUUAAAUUUCUCGUGUUUAUUCAGAUUAUAUCACAAAAAAAAAGAAUUCUCCUCUUCGAUUGAUCGAUUGAUUGAUUGAUUGAUUGUAAAUCCAAAAAGAAAACAUCGAAUAAACAACCAAAACGAUCAAAAAAAAAAAAAAUCAGCAAUCAUGUUGAAAAUGGGAACACGAGCCGCCAGUUUCUCGGCAAAAAUAAGAAACUUACAGGAUUAUCAUCAUCGUUUGUUGAAUGGCAUCACACCAUAUCCAUCAAUACCGGACAUAAUAAAUGUAUUGAAAUUUUUCUCACAAGCAUUAUUGACCAUUCUACGUGAUGUACCAUGUAUACCGAUUGAUUUGAUUCGUGAUCCAAAUCGUGAUUCCAUUAGGAUUGGUUUUUUUCCAAAUCUUGAUUAUCGUAAUCUUUUCUAUACAUUAAGCGGUAUGCUUGAUUCAUUUGCCAAUAUUCAAUCAUCAUUGUCAUCGAAUGCACCGAUUGUUUUUGAAUAUCUACUACAUGCAUUAGUUUGUUUGGUACCAUUUCUUGAACAUGAAUUAAUGGAUUCAAUGCCAUUAAGUGUUGCCAAUACAAUUUCGUUGAAUUUUAUUUCACAUCAAGAUAUAAUCGAUAUGUUAUGCUAUAAUAUUCUACCAUUUACACUUUAUAGUGAAACAAAAGAUAAUGAUGUAUUCGAUUUUGCAAAUGCAUCCAUACCAUCGAUAUUGAUGACCGUUCUUAGCCAUACAGAUUCAUUAUCAUUACAUUCACAAUUAUUAGAAUGUUUAAUGCGUCUGAAAUCGAAUAUUAUACAAGAUUUAUUGGUGGUUAUCGCUUAUGGAACCGGUAAGGCACGACAUGCUUCAGUGGAAUUAUUAUUUCAAUAUUGGCCCGGUUUAAAUCCAAGUAUAUUGGAUCGGAAACAAUUAUCGGAAAAACAUCAACAAUGGAAACCGUUGACAUGUCAGAAUGAUACCUGUCAAAAUACAUUGAACAAUGAAGCAGUGAAAAUUUGUUUUGCACAAAUUGAUCAAAGUUCGUCAACUAUUACCGGUGGUGGACAAUCUGGUGGAGCUGGUGGUGGUGGUGGCGGCGGUGGUGGUGGUCAAACUGCCUCCGGUAUGACAGCAUUACCAGCAUCGAUCGAUUUAAAAGGUCGACCACCAAUACCACUGUUGAUCUGUAUUGAAUGUGCUGAAUUGGUGCGGGAACAAAAUUCAUUGAACAAAUCAAUCAAAAGUCAAGAUAUUUUAUUGAAUGUUUUGCAUCCAAUGACUGAAAUAAGUUAUACAUGUGAAAGUAAAUCUUGUCUUGGUCAACAACAACAACAACAACAACAACAACAGCAGCAGCAGCAACAACAACAAACAACUGGCCGACCAAUGCCUUAUCAUCAUCAUCAACAACAACAUCAAUUACAACCAGCUGUUGUCACUUGUUUUAGUACAGAAUGUACAAGUUUCAAUUGUAAUAAACCAGUAAGAUUAUGUCUACAAUGUCAUGAACAAAGACAUGGUGGUUCAAUUGCUGUGCGAUCGACAACACCGACAACAACACUGGCAACAAAUGCUUCCGGUGUCGUUAAUCAACAACAAUCGCCAACGUCAGCAUCCCCAAAUUCAUCAUCAUCAACAACGACAACUGGUGGUAGACAUUCUGGUAGUAAUCAUUUGGUUCAAGAACAUCUUCGAUCAUUUUGGCAACUUCCAUUGGAAGCUCAACAACAUUUCACUGAAGCAGUGGUAGCAUUAUUACGUGAAGCAGCUGCAAUGGAUAAAUCUACAAAAGAAGGUGAACGUUACAUGAGAACUCAUGGAACAGGUGCCUAUACCGGUGCGAUGGGUUCAUCAUUAGGUGCUGAUCGUAUGACUGGUGGUGGCGGUGGUGGUGGUGCUGGUAUUUCUGGUCCUGGUGGUAUUGCUGGUUCCGGUGGAACUGAUGGUACAGCUUCUGGACCAGGUGGAGGUAGUGAUCGUGGCGGCGGUGGUGGUGCAACAGGUGCCGGUGGUGGUAACUCGAAUAUUGGUGGCAGUGAUCGUGGACGUGAUGGUGGUGGUGGUGGUGUUGGUCAACAAACAGCUGGUGAUUCUAAUGAUUCUUCCAUUGAAGAACGACAAUUAUUAAGCCGAUAUGGAAUAUGGCUGCUGAUUGGAUUAGUUGAUCCAGCUGAAGCCAAUACAAAUGAACGUAUUGAAUUAUUGGGACGUAUGUUAGCGAUGCUUUGUCAAUGGUUUCAUAAUACUGCUUGUUUACCAGAUGAUCAAGCUGGAUCAGCAUUGGAACGAAUAAAAUCCGAAUCCAUACAUGGUUGGCUUAUGAAAGUUAUCGAAUCACAAUUCUGUCUGUUUGCUAAUUGCCUUGUACCAAGUCCACCAGAUCAUGCCCAAAUCGGUGGCCAUUGGGAAUGUUGGCCAUCGAUGACAAAUCAGAUAAAAGAAGGAUUUAAACGUCUUCUUUGUUUAGUACCAUAUGAUAUAAUUACACCAGAUAUUUGGUCCUAUAUAAUGCCAUUUUGGAUGGAAUCAUUCCGUUAUGAUCUGGCAGAAGAUGAAUUAUCUGAAUUGAAAAUCUUAUUAUCCAAAGUAUUGGAUCCUGAUCUUUCUCCACUGGGUCUUGAAGCUGAUGUUAUGUAUCGAUUUAUAUCACGAUCAUUUGAUCAACAAUUACCUGGUGAACAAGAGCAGGCAUUAUCUUGGUUACAAAUAUUAACGUUAUUAGAGAUUCCUGUUCCAAUGUAUUUAUUGGAACAAAUGUUUCUGGCUGGUAUUAAAUCAUUUCAAAGUUUACGUGAAAUGUGCAUUCAACAGCAGCAACAACAACAGAAAUUGGAACAAGAAACUAAACAACAACAACAACCACCACCACCAACAACAACAACAAAAAGAUCAACAGGAAAAAUACCACAAUCAGCAUCAAUGGCAGUUUUGCCAUCAAUAUCGAUGGAAAAUGUACAACAAUCACAAUUAUCAUGUUAUGUAUUAAUGUUGGAUAUAAUUGUCAAACAAUUUGAAUAUCUACCAGAUCAACCAGGUCAUAAAGGUUUUAAUGAUCAGAAAAAAUCGUAUCAACCAUUAACAUUGGCAAAAAUGUCUAAAUCAGAUUCAGAUUUUGGUUUCAACACAUUGAUCCUAUUGUAUGAAAUGAUCCAUACUACGGAAUGUACACAUGGACCACAUACAUGUCAUUCAUCGAUGAAACGUCCACCAGAUACAAGUCAAAUGUUUAAACCAGAUUCUGUGCUUACAGAAUGUUUUUUCUGUGAACUUUGUUCCAUUUGGUAUCAACUUUCAUUACAAAUAAUACAAUUAUAUACACCAAUUAUUGAAUUGACUAUUAUACCUGAUCUGGCUGAUCAACAUUUGGAAACAGAAACCAUGAAUACAUUUGCACGUAUUUCAAAAGAUCAUGGUUUAUUUUUGUUUCCAAUCAAUGAAAAUAAUGGACAACAAAAACAACAAGAUGACAAUGAUAAUGUUGAAAUAGCCGAUGAUAAUAUUGAUGACAAUGAUGAUGAUGAUGAUGAUGAUGAUGAUGAUUCGAAUGAACCAAAAUGGAUUGAACAAUUAACACUUUCGGAACGAUUAACAUUGAAAUUAUUGCAGGAAAUACCUUUGCAUUCUGAUCCAGAUGUUCUUUAUCAUCUACUUCAAUGUUUGAAAUUGUUAACAUUACAUUGUGGUGUAUUCGUACAAAUGGCUAAACAUGAAAAGAAACGUAAAUUUUUUCUCCGUUGUCAACGUAAAUAUCUGGUUAUUAGUUUAUGGCGUUUAUUACAGGCUGAAUUUUCACAAAUAUCACAAAUUGCCGUACCAUUAUUGCUACAUUGUAUUGCAUUACCUGGUGGUCUUGCUGUUCUGGUACGUACAAUCAAUACGGAAUUUCGUUCCGAUGAUUGGUGCACUAGAUUCGCCGCUAUUGAACGUGUGGCAACAUUUUCACAAUUUAUUGAUCAAUCAUCGAUGAAAAAUUCACCAUCCAUUCAAUCGGCGUUAUCCAGUUUGUUCAUACAUUUGAUCCAGACAUUGGAUGAUAUUAAUUCUGCCGUUGCACAACGUGCAUUAACCGCAUUGGAAUUAAUGCGUGCAGCAUCAUUGAAAAUAUAUGUCAUAUGUUUAGAAAUGCAAUUUGAUCUCGUUAUUGUUGAUCGUUGUUUGGUUCUUUCAAGUCUUUUGCAGCUAUUCAAUCACUUGAAUGAACGUCGUAUAUUAACAUGGGAAUUUUUCCUAAAUCGUUUUGAUGCCCUGUUUCUUGAAGCACAAGUAUUACCAACAGUUGUUAUUCGUAAUAAUAAUAAUAUGACUGGAUCAUCGGAUAUGAUGGAUAUGAUGGCUACAUCCGGUACUGGUACCGGUACCGCAGCAACAGCAACCGAAUCUGGUACACGUGAUUUACGUAAUACAAAUGUACAUUCUGAAACGUAUAAGAAAAAAGUUAGCCGUGCUCAAGAAGCAUUGGGACAUAUUCAUUUGAAACGUUCACUAUUACCACAUCAUUUUAGUGGACGUAAUGAAAAACGACAUCUUUUAUCGGUUGCUGGUUUUUUUACACAUGCAUUACGCUCGACAAAUGUUAUCAAUGUUGGUCAAUCUGCUAGUAGUGUUGAUUUUCAAUUACCGUCAUCUAUUCAUCAUGGUGGUCAACAACAUUCAUCAAAAUCACAUUUAUUUCAAAAAUUACAACAACAACAGUCAUCUGUAUCUAGUUCCGGUGGUGUACCAGGAACAGAUGGUAGUGGAUCAAUGAUAAUUGGUAGUAGUAGUGGUCGUCCACAUCAUCAUCGUAGUGAAAAAAUGAUGAAAAAUUUAUCAGCCUCAAAUCAAGCGGCUAUAAAUCGAAAAAGUUCAAAACUUGCUGCCCUCACUGGUUCAGCAUUUCCAAAUAAUUUUUUUCAAGAUCAAGGGCAAAGUAAACAAGAUAUGGCACAAGAAGAACUAAUGUUAUUCAAUGUUGUACAUCGUACAAUGGAUGAUGGUGGUGGUGGUGAAUAUUGUGAUCAAGAAACAUUACAUUUGCUGGUAUUUUUAUUUAUGCAAUUUUUAUCAUAUCCAGAUCCACAACAUCCAAUCGAUGAUAAAUCAUUGAAUCGUACACAAAUUAUUGUAUUGAGACAUUUGAAUACAUUACUUGGUUAUAGUAUGUCAGAGAAUAUCUUCUUAUUAAGUGCAUAUGAUUUACGACGAAAAUCCGUAUUUUCAGCUUUUCUAUCAGCAUUACCUGAUGUAUUGGAUAUGAAUCUUUCGGUUGGAUCAUUAUUAUUAUCGUUAAUAUUUCCAGUAAUGGUAUAUUGUCCUGCAGAAUAUCGUUGUAUUUAUGUUAGUGAUUUGGAACAUUUUCAACCAUCAUAUUCAUUGUGGUUAUUGCAAUCACAUCUUCGUAGAUCAUGGUUAAAUUCAUUGAUCAUUAUUCUAUAUAAACAUCAAUAUGCAUCAUCUACAAUGAAUGCAAAAUUCAUACAGCAUCUGAUACAAAUUGUACAGAAUACAUUGGAAUCAGCAUUGGAACAUAAAUGUAAUCCUGAUGCUGCAGCUAGACGACGAUCACGUGAACAAAAAGAAUCAACAAGAAAUCCACAACAACAACAACAACAACAACAACAAUCACAGCAACAGACAAAAUCUAUUUGUAAUUCAAACGAUGAUACAAUUACAACAUUAUCUGCUGCUAAAAUGAUUUUAUCAGCAGGUGAACAACAACAACAACAACAGCCACAACAAAUUUCAUCGCCACCACCACCACCACCACCACCACAAGCAACAUCAGUAACAUCUAAACAACAAUCGAUUGAUUCGCCCAUUAUAGAAGAUUCGAAUCAUAAUGAUCAACAACAACAACAACAACAACCAGAUGAAGAAUUGAAUGUAAUGCUAAUGUUGAUUGAUAAAGCUAAAGAAUUGGAACAACAAAAAACCAUGAAAGAAAAACAACAACAACAACAAUCAUCGUUGAUUAAAAAAGAAAUUGUCAAAGAAUUGGAUGAGAUUAAAGUGGAAAAAGUUGAAGUUUAUACUGAUCAUCAUCAUCAUCAUCAUCACCACAAUCAACAACAACAACAUUCGAAACAAGGGAAAAAAUCUGUCCAUAAAGUUGUCCAGGAUUCACGUAAAAUAAUUGAAUCAUCACAAUCGAUGGAAACAUCUUCGACACCACCACCGCUGCCACCAUCUAUACCGAUGGAACGAUUAUUACCGGUUGGUGGUGAAUUAUGUGAAGCAAUUCGUACAAGUCUACAACGGCGUCCAUUAUAUCCAUCAAUGUUGCAACAACAACAACAACAAUCUAUGGAUCCGCAACAAUCAUCAAUGAAAUCUGAACAAACCGCAACCACACCUGGUAGUAUGGGCAAUCCAAGUCAAUCAACAACAAUUAGUAAUAGUCAACCAUGUUGUUGUUGUUGUGCGGCCGCUACCGGUCAAGUUUGUUGUCUGAAUUAUCAACAAACAUUGGAAGCAUUUCGUCAGCUACCACCACCACAACGUAAUCAAUCUAAAGAACGUUUAUUACCAAUUGGACCACGGCCACAUCAUUCAAGAUCACAUACAUUAACCGGUGGUAGUAGAUCGGUUGAAAGAUCAACAACUGGUCAACAACAAGAAUCUUCUCGUCGUAAUCGUCAUCAUUUAAUACGACAACAUACAACUAUUGCUACGACCAAUAAAAGUCCUGAUGACAGUGAUAAACUAUUACCAUCAUCCAAAUCAAUGGAUUCAAUGGAUCCAUCAUCAUCACAUUCAAAUUCAAGACCACGAUUAGUUAUUGCAACAAUUCGACCAGAACUUGAACCAGAAUUGAAAAAAUCACAAAUAAUUGUAUCACCAACUGUAUCAUCAAAAGAAAUAAUUGUACCGGAAUCAUCACAACAACAACAACAACCUUCUCAACAACAACCCUCUCAACAACAUAUAACAAAAACAAUUAUUAAUCAAAAAAUCAAAAAAAAUCUUUCACCAGUAAAAUCGGCAUCAAGUCCUAAUCUAAAUAAUAGUCAAAUACAACAACAACAGCAGCAGCAGCAACAACAACAACAACAGACAAUUCAUCAAUCAAUACAGAGGCCAACAACGAUUAAUCAUUUGCAGCAACAACGAAUGCCACCAACACAAACCCAAACACAACCAUCAUCACCAACAAAAAUUGAAUCACCAUCAUUUGAAUCAUCGAUAAGUAUAAAGACAACAUCAUUAACAUCAUCGAAACCAGAAACAAUAAUGAAAUCUUCGAAAUCAUCAAAACAACAACAAGAUAAAAAGAAAAAGAAAACAAAAAAUAAAUCAUCAUCAUCAGCAAUAAAAUCGAUGCCACAACAACAGACAAGUUCAUUAAUUUUUUCAACACCACCACCGCAACUACAACAAUCAUCAGAACCUGGAACAGGAACCUCAUCGACAUCACCGCAUUCAUUUUCAGCCCCAGCAUCUGCUCGUCCUGCACAACAACAACAACAACAACAGAUUCCAGAUACAAUAAUGAUGAAUACACAAUCGGAAUCACAACAACAACAACAACAACAACCACAAUCAAGUAAAGAACAAACAGGACGAUCAAAUGAUUCGACCAAUUCGGAUCUAUCUUUUCAUCAUCAUCAACAACAAUUUGAACUUUGUAAUGGUUGUAGUAUGCCUAUUGAAAAAUUUGAUGAACAUGAACUUGGCCUUUGUCUAGUUGCUCUGGCUACAUUUGUUCAUCGUAAUCCAACGUUGGCUGCACCUACAUUACCACAGAUAUUGAAACUAACAUCUCGUUAUGCAUUACGUUGUGUUUUUCCAUGGCAAAUGGAAAGUAAUAUUCAUCUUCCAGGUAACACGGCCAGUAUUGCCCGACAAUUCAUUCGUUGUACAUUGCAUCAAUUGAAUUCGAAUGGAAUAUUUCGUCAAAUUUUUCAAACACAUUCUGGUGAUAUUAUCAUGUUUCGUUCGAUAGCCAUAUCAUUAGCGGAUUUUGUCGAAUUGAACCAGGUGACACCAUUGAAAGAGUUGUUUGAAGCAUUAACCGAUGAUAAACAAUUACCACCAUUGGCACAAAUUCUUCUCACCUUAUCAAAUGUAGCCACAUAUUUUGAAUGUGUUUUCGUUGAUUAUAAUGUAACACAAAGUUGUUCCCUAUCAACAUUAUCACCAAUAAUUUCAAGUCAAUAUGGUGCAAAUGUACCGGUAAUGGGAGCAUCAAUCGUUGCUAAUCAACCAUGGUCUGAUCUAAUGACCCCUUUAGAAAAUUAUCUUCGUCGAUUAGCAUUCAAUCUGGUGGAUAUAGCACCAAAUAUUCAUAAUCUUGUGCCAUUGAUGCGUGUAUUAUUGGCAUUGUUUAAAAUACCCGGUAUUGGUGCACAUCGAUCAAUUUUGGAUCCAGUUACUAAAAUUUUGGCACAUAUAUUUCAACAUUCACCCAUUCUGUUGGAACAUGUACGUGAUCUUUGUAUUCAUUGUAAUCGUGCAUAUGUACGUGAUCGUGAUCGUUUCUGUGUUGCACGUACAUUCGCCCAGGAACUUGUACAGGCAUUACGUUUUCGAACACAGGCACCGGAUGAAAAUAUUUUCGCAUUAGUACAAUGGGCAUUAGAAGAUGCUGGUGGUUCACUUCCAUAUUCGAUUUCUGUACAAUCAUUGGAACGUAAUCAAAAUCGACAGCUUGGUUUAACCGGUAUCACGGUUGAACUUCCCACUACGAAUGCAACCGAAUGUCUUCGAUGUUUCAUACCCGAGUUAUUGGAAUUUAUUGGUGAUUUACAUGCAUUAGCUAAAUUACGUAGUAAUUUUCAAGGAACAUCUAUUCAUAUCAAUCAAGAAACAUUGGGUGGUAAUCUUAAAGCUGGUGUAUCACAAUUUUUAGCAUUGGAACUUACCCGAUUAGGUGGAUCAGAUUCGAAAGCUAUUACGAAAUAUCUACCAUGGUUAUAUUCAUUACCAUCAAUACAGAAUGGACCAAAAGAAUUUUCUGAAUGUAUUGCUCAUGUACGAUUAUUAUCAUGGAUAUUAUUGGGUUCAUUACAGCAUACGGCAUUGAUGAAAUGUCAUCCAUCACAAUCAUCAUUACUGGUAUCACAACCAAUACCAUUGGAUGUUAGUAAUCAUGUUGCCGAACAUGUCCAUGUUAUAUUGGCCGGUUUUGGUUCUGAAUCCAAAUCAUCUGUCGUUCACAUGUCUGCAUUGUUUUAUGCAUUUCUACUAUGUCAAUUGUGGACCGUAUAUUGUGAACAAUUGGCAUCACAAAAUCCACCCGGUUCAGAUGCAGCACAUCAAAACAUUCUGGUAUUGACAGAUUUUUGGACCAAAGUUACACCUGGAAUUUUGCAGAUUAUUAGCCAUUCAAUGACCGAAAUACCACAGCUUGCCGAUACGAUUACAUUGCAUUUUCUAUCGUUAAUGGAAACAUUGAUGGAAUGUAAUUCAGAAAUACUGGCACGAUUACUUCCUUUAUGGUUACCAUUUUUCAAUAGCUAUCCAGGACAGCUAUCUGAUCAUGUAACGGCUAGAUUAAAAACAUUGAUUAGUUGGCCCGUUCCUGCACAAACUAAAAAUGAUGCAAUGAUGUUAUCCACCGUAUUGGUACGAUGGUUACAACGAAUUCAAGCACGAAUGAGUCAAAUUGAAAUACAAUCAUCGACUGUUACACAGUUUUAUUGUGUUUAA